AUGGCUGGGGAGGGCAAGUACUUCUCCGCUCCUACGAAGUCGAACGAAAACCGGUUGCAGUUCGCAACAUCGAACGGUCAGGUCAACAUUUUCAGGUUCAUCAGACCCGACGAAGGCCCUGGUGUCCUCUCCAAUGGGGAGGAGUGCAAACUUCUGCUUAGCCGCAUGAAGGCACAUACCGAGUGCCACCAAGGUGAGAAUAAGGACCACGGAAUCGAAAUGGGAUAUCGGUACAACGGAUCGCCUGUCAUCCUUCAGAACGAAGCUGAAGAAGAGGAACAGGAGCCAUCUUGGAAUCCAAGAACAUUUGUGCCAUCUUCAUGGUCCGGUGGACGUGCUCCUCAUGUCUACCUUAAGGAUGGCAAAACCAGUAUUUUCGACCUGUUUGGAGCAGAAUUUUCAAUCAUUGACUUCACAGAAGCUGGGACUUGGAGUCAAGAGUUUGAGGCUACAGCUGGAAUGCUCAAUAUCCCACUGAAGAAGAUUCAUUUGCCCGAAGAAGCCCAAGCUAGGAAAGUAUGGAGUAGGGACGCGGUUCUCAUUCGUCCUGAUGAUCACAUAGCCUGGAGGUCAUCACUCGACGGGAAGAGACCGGAUGUCAGAGCAGUUCUAGAGAUUGCAUCAGGGAAGCAACGGAAGACACAGGCGAAAGAAGACUGCGGAUCUUCUUAUGCAUUGGAGGGCAUCAAACAGCAUGGAUUUACAUCAACCUUGGGCAACGUCGCAGACAACAGAACUGACCUCCUUGCCCAGUUUCAGCACUAA